UCAAUUUAGUCCUGGAUCUGAAAAAAUUCUUUCUCUCCACCAUCUUCCUCUACCUCUCCCCACCACCAUCACUCUCUCUCCAUCUCCAUCUUCUUCAUCCUUCUUCUUCUUCCCACCCUCAUCUCCUCCCUCUCAUGCUCUGACGCUCUCCCUCACCCCAACCCUUUCUCCCUUCCAAAAACCAAAAUCCUUCAACUCAAAAUCACAAAACCAAAAAACCCACAAACCCACCCUCACCUAUUGAAAAUCCAUCGCAACCCACAAACUUAGGAUUGUGUUUUUUCACUUUUGGUUUCUGAAUAAUAAGGAGGAUUGACUUGUGCUGGUGAAAACUUGUUGAGGUGAUUUGUCUGCAACUUUGCAUGAGAUGAAGCAAAAGCCACCACACGAUCAACAGAGAACAUGGGCUGAAAUCUGUUGUUUCGGUUGGUCAUGCAUACAGCUCUUCUGGGCGAGAGUGGUCAUGCGCAAAUGGCUCAACAUGCGGACCAACGAGUCUGAUUACAGUGCUGAUCCUGAGGAUGAUGAUGAUGAUGAAAGUGAUUCAGACAAUGAAGAGUGGGGAAGACAGUCGCGGUUUAUGGUCAACAGAGGUGGUGAAGCUCCACUUGAAUCAAAUGAUUUUGUUCCAAGGUUAAGGAGACAAAAGUCAUCAACUUAUAGAUCUCAGUAUAUAAACACGAAGGAUUUGAGGGUAUGUGCUGGAACAUGGAAUGUUGGAGGUGAACUUCCACCUGAUGACCUAGAUAUUGAUGAAUGGCUUGGUGUCAGUGAACCAGCUGACAUCUAUGUCCUCGGUCUUCAAGAGAUUGUACCCUUGAAUCCUGGUAACAUAUUUGGUGCAGAAGAUACUGGUCCUGUUCAAAAAUGGGAGAAUAUUAUUCGGGAAGCACUUGAUAGAGUUCGACCUACAGCAUCAAGGAUAAAAUGCUUCAGUGACCCUCCAUCUCCAUCAAAAUUUAAGCCAUCAGAUGAUAUCCCAGAUAUAGAAGAUGAAUUAUUAUUUGAAAGUGAUAGUGAUGUUGGCGAGGAAAUCCAUCCUUUGGUUGAAGAACAGACUAUUUGUGAUGGAGGUACAAAUGGAUUAACCACAGGUAAAAUCGUGAAAGCCAAUUUAUUGGCUUCCAAUGCCACUGAUACUGCCAACUCUCGUAUUCCGGUUAACAUUGAUUUACGGAGACAGUUUUCUUUUCCAAAGAGGUUUGAUAGGCUACAAGUUUCAUCAGAAAAUAUGGAUACAUCAUUUUCCCAACAGACCACUAAAUUAACCAGAAUGCUAAGUGGGUCUGAAAGAAUUGGUUUGAGCUGGCCAGAGCCUCCGCUACAUCUUCUAUCCCAGCGUGUUUUGGAGAGACCAACUUCUUUUAAAUCAGUCAAAUCCUUUAAAUCAUCGAAGUCAUUUAAAACAUAUAGUUCUUUCAAGUCAAUUAUGGAUGAAAUACCAGUAAUAGGUUUUCUUCCUGAAGUUGAUCUUGAAGCUUUAAUGAAGCGGAAAAGAAGAUCAUCAUAUGUAAGGAUUGUGAGCAAGCAGAUGGUUGGAAUUUUCAUCACCGUAUGGGUUCGUCGGAGCUUGCGCAAACAUAUUCAGAAUUUAAAGGUUUCAACUGUUGGUGUCGGUCUUAUGGGCUAUAUUGGUAACAAGGGAUCAGUAUCUGUCAGCAUGUCCAUAUAUCAGACGCUUUUUUGUUUUGUAUGCAGUCACCUUACAUCUGGUGAAAAAGAAGGAGAUGAUCUUAAAAGAAAUGCUGAUGUUCAUGAAAUUCAUCGUAGAACACAUUUUCAAUCACUCUCUUAUAUUGGACUUCCCAAAACAAUCCUGGAUCAUGAAAGGAUAAUUUGGUUGGGUGAUCUGAAUUACCGAAUCAACUUAUCAAAUGUGGAAACAAGAGCUCUCGUCUCAAAAAAACAGUGGUCAAAAUUGAUUGAGAAAGACCAGCUUAUACGAGAACUCAGAAGUGGUGUAUUUGGAGGAUGGUCAGAAGGCAUAUUAAACUUCCCACCAACUUAUAAAUAUGAGGUUAAUUCCGAUAAGUACUAUGGAGAUGAUCCCAAGGUUGGGAAGCGUGCACCAGCAUGGUGUGAUCGUAUUCUUUCAUAUGGCAAGGGGAUGAGGUUACUGAGUUACAGAAGGUCUGAGCUCAAACUGUCUGAUCACAGACCCGUGAGCGCCACAUAUGUGGUCGAGGUUGAGACGUUCUCUCCGAGGAAGCUACAGCGAGCCCUGACUUUUACUGAUGCGGAGAUCGAAAAUGAAGCAAAUUUAGGUAUCUGGAAUUAGCUUCUUAAUUAGAACAGGAAUACAUCACAAGUUUUGAGUUGUAAAGGAGGUCAAGUAUUUGCAGAGUUUCAAGUAGUAGCAGCGGCGGUAGCUGCUGGCUGCUGCAACUUCUAACACUCACAUUUGCUACUACAAGAUAUUAAAAUUCUUUCAUUUGUUUUUUCUCUUCUAAUUUUUCACGUAAAUAUAUGUAGAGGAAAUAACCUAUGAUUUGUCUUGGAGGGACUUUACCAAUAGGAUCAAGAGCUAGUGUUUGAUUGCUUCUAUCAUGUAUAUGUGUGGUUUCUGUGAUUGAGGCGUGUAUUGUAUGUAAUGUAAUCAAUGUAAUUAAAGGUAUAUUUAGUUAAGAUGGUUUUGAUUGUCCAA